UAAAAGAAAUAAAAAUAUGAAAACAGCUCGCCAGAAGAAAGCAAGAAAAAAUCUAGGUUUUUUCAUUAACAAUUAUAAAUUUAGAGCACCAUUCCAAAUUCUUAUUGAUGGUACAUUUGCAUUCGCUGCACUCGAGAACAAAUUCAAUAUACAAGACCAGUUGUCAAAGUAUUUUCAAGCUGAAGUGAAACUUUUGACUACACCAUGUAUAAUUUUGGAGACUGAGAAACUUGGUUCAUUUUCCAAGGCAGUCAGCGGUGCUAUGCAAAUAGUUAAACAAUAUCCUAUACACAAAUGUGGGCACGAAAAACAUUUUAUAACUGGUACAAAAUGUUUGCAAUCGAUGGUUGGGAAAAAUAAUUCAUCUAGGUAUAUUGUGGCUACUCAGGAUAGAGAACUUCAAGAUAUUUUGAGAAAAAUUCCAGGUGUGCCAAUAAUAUAUUUACAUGGUAAAGCACCAACUUUGGAGGCUCCUUCGCAAGCAAGUCGAAAAUAUGCUGAGAAUAUCCGUAAAGAAUUAGGAAUGAGUUCGUGGGAAACAGAAAAUAUUAAAACACUAAAAGAAGCAGCUGGUCUAACAGAAAAAUCAGAACUCAAAUUAAAGAAGAAACGAAAAAAAAGUGGUCCAAAUCCACUUAGUUGCUUGAAGAAAAAGAAGAAACCGCAAACAGAAAUUUCAAAUAAUACUACAGGAAAAAAAUCUGGAAAAGUUAAAAAGAGAAAGAAAAUGAAAAUAGCAGCUCACGUUAAAGAAGCAUUAGUUGCUGAAAUUAAAAACAACUCCAGACAAAAGAACACAGGGAACUAAAAAUAAGACAAAUUUAUGUAAAUAAAUUUCAUUUUUAUUCAUAAUACAAUAGUCUUUUCAGUUUGUAAAAUUAAAAUAAUAGAAUGAUAUUGUGAUAUAUUAUUCCUAAUACAUGAUGAGUCUAUUUAUGAAUAGAAAAUAGUUGCUAAUAUUAAUGAGAAAAUUGUAAUCUUAAAUACAUAGAAUAUUAAACAGUUA